AUGGCCGCGAACACCGAACUACUCGACAGGCGGGCGAGGGCGAUUGAGACGCACCUCUACAAACGCGUCGAUGGCGGCUCCGGAUGCGCCGAGCUGGCUGCCGUGCUGCAGGAGUACCGUGCCGCCUGCGAAACCCUCCUCUUCUCCCACUUCGCAUACGCCUCGACCCACGGAUUCCAGGCGGCGCUCUGGAACGCGCACCUGAGGGUCAACGCCACAUUCAGACAGGAGCACAAGCUUCUCAAGCGCUCCAAGGACCGCGUCGUGGAGAUUAGAAAGUUCCAAAAGACCUAUCUCCAGUUCAUCAAGGCCAGCCAGCGCUUCUACCGCCAGUACAUAUUGAACCUGGAUGCCCAGUUCGACGGUAUUCCCGAGCUGCGCAAGAUUGCACGGAAAUGGAAGGAUGACACCUCCAAGUCGUCCCUGCGCCAACGCAUUCCCGCAACCUUGAAGACGCAGGUCCUCCUCUCGUGCCACCAGACGCUUAUCCAACUUGGCGACCUCUCCCGUUACCGCGAAACCGAGCUCGUUGAGAAGAACAAGGAACGCAAUUGGGGCCCCGCCAAGGGAUAUUAUGAUUUGGCCGCCGAGAUCUACCCAGACUCUGGGCAUGCCCCGAACCAACUCGCCGUAAUAGCACGCGAAGACGGCGACCAUUUCCGCUGCGUAUACCAUCUCUACCGCUCACUUGCAAGCAAAGAGCCGUACCCUCAAGCCAAAGCCAACCUGGCCACCGAAUUUAAGCGCGUCAUUGCUGCAUGGGAUAAUGGCCAACUUAUCAACAACCACAAAAACGCCGAGGGAAAUACGAGUCGUGCUCUGAUCGCGUGGUUUGUCCGGCUGCACAGCAAGCUGUACAAGGGCGAGGAGUUUGCCGCACACGACGAGUUGGAGGGCGAAGUGCUCAGCCAUCUAGCCAUUGAGCUCAAGGAACGCCCGCUGGAUUCCGUCUUGACCAAGAUUAUACUCAUCAACAUGUCAGCAGAGUACUUCGCGACUGUCCAGCUGCAAAGUGAUAACCCUCCUCCCAACAUCAUGCGCACAUAUUUCUACUACCUCCGUCUCAACGUCAAGACCUUUUUUAUCCUCUUGCAGGUCUUGCAACCCGAACUGGAUCGUCUCUCUGAAGGCAACGACGUGAAGCAUCAGAACGGCGACCGCGCUGUGCAACUCUCCGACAAAAUUACUGCCGUAGCUCGCCGUAUCCUCCCAGGGCUUCGUCUGUACAGCACGUGGUUUACGCGCUAUUGGAAGGUACUCAACGCAAACAUUGCUGAUACUCUCAAUACCGUUGAUGUCCAGGAGUUGUGGAAGGCAUAUGCUGCAACACUCUCCCUUCUGGCUUCCAGUUUCCCUGUUGACCAGCUGCCCCCGGAAGACUACAUGCUCGAGGAGGACACCGACACAAUUGGAUUCGAGCCGCUCAUCCACCCUGACACUAUGAAGGUAUGGUAUAAUGGCGACAAGUUAAAGCCAAAGUGGACCGAUCUGGAGCGCAAUCAUCCAAACGUCGAGAUGCUCAUGCGCGUCAAAGACCUACUUAUCGACGGCCUACUCUUUGUGCAGAACCCAGAUGCUCCAUUGGAUUUGGCAGGCCCGCGCUUCAUCUAUCGGGAAGAGGGCGUGCCAUCUGAGCUAUUAGCGAGUCCCACCAACCAGCCCGACGGUUCGCCCGUUUUGUCGGUUCAAGCAGCCGACAUGCCUCUAUUUCAACAUGUAGAGGCACCGAUUCCAGAUGAUCAAAAGUCAUACAGUGUUGCUGCCGCCUCGGAAUCGGCAUCCACCACGAUUGCCAAAGACAAUGCGAUGCGAAACAUGGUAGACGACUUGGUAGGAGAUGAGGCUGGGCUGGACCCGUUGGUUGAAGAGGACGAAAACAUCCCGCCCACUCCACCGGAACAGACAUUCGACGACACGACUGUUGUUGAUGAUCACACCUUUGCCCCGGCAACAUAUACAAUCAAUGACCUGGUCAAUUCUUUUAGGACUUACAAACCCUUGUCCCCCGGUCCUGCGUCUGCAUUGCACUCUGCGCCAAUGGGUAGAACUGGAUCCACUUCCUCCAUACGUCAGCCGCCAAACCUGCCCUCUGUGCCUGACGGCCAGUCGAAUUCAAACUCUAUCUGGAACCGUACGCCCGGACCGGCGUCGCCACCCAUGAUGACCACGAAUGGAUUCGGAAAUGAUGUCCGUAGGUCUCCGAUGAAUGGUGCCAAAGCUGGCAUGUCAGGUCACGUACGAGGAGACUCGGCAAACUCUCUUCUGAGUGCCGAUGUCACUACUCCCACGAGUGCCCGGGCUCUGCGGCCCAUCAGUAGUAGUUUCAGCGGUGGUCUUGGCAGUGGUGCCGCUUGGGGAAACCAUAGCGGAAGCCUUUCCAACUGGGGAUCUGCUACCUACGGCAACAGUUUCAACAACCACCAUCAGUAUGGAUACGCCAGCAAUGCCAACAUGGCAAGUCCCAUGAUAUUCAGUUCCUCUUAUCGCGAGGGCGCCAAUAGUCCUUGGGGACGGACUCCACCCAACGGCCAGGGCGGCUGA